AGAAAAAGGGCUAUGCCGUGUUUGGAUGGCCAAAAUUGUGAAUUAGGGGAAAAUCCAGUUGUUUACUGUAACGAAAGUAGGUCAGUUUUUACAGCAGCAGUUUGCUCAGAGAUGGCUGGGAGGUCGGCUCGUUUGAAAACACAGGUAACUGUGCAGCAGCGAGAAUCCCAGUGUAGAGCUAAGUGGACCACAUCUCUUACUAUAAUAUUGGUGGGGUUAAUGGUAGACGAAGUUCAAGGAGGGAAUAAACAAAACAAGUCUUUUAGCAAGAAAGGUUGGAAAUGUAUUUGUGAUGAGUUUCAUAAAAGAACCGGUCUUACAUGGGAGAGGGAGCAAUUGAAGUAUCGAUAUGCUGCACUAAGAAAGCUUUUUGCUACUAUAAAAUUGCUACUUGAUCAUACUGAUUUCAAAUGGGAUGAAACUACAGGUUUAGUGACAGCAACAGAUGAAGCUUGGGAUCGGUAUAUGAAGGAACAUCCAGAUGUGGAGACCAUAAGGAGCACAGGCUGCCCAUUUUACAAGGGACUGAGCGUGAUAUUUGCAGAUUCUGGAAGUAGAGGGACAGAUAAUGGAUCUUCUAUGCACAAGGACCGUCUCCCCGGUUCAUCAUCUCAUUAUCAACCUCCAGCACUGUCCCAGGAAGAGUUGUCAUAUUCAGAGUCUGAAGAAGGUCCUGAUUCCAAUGAACAAGAAAUUAUUCAAUCUGUGAGCUCACCUACUGAUACAGGUCGAAAGAAAAGGCGUAAGGGGGUUGAUGGUGCUAUUGCAAGAGCUAUAUCCGAGAUGGCUGCUGCUUCAAGACUUAGAGCUUCUGUUGUUGAGAAGUGCAGUGACAAGUUCACCAUAACCGACUGUAUUAGAGCGUUGGAUAAAUUGGAAGGUGUCAAUGACCAAGUUUAUUAUGCUACUUUGGAUCUCUUCAACAAUCAUGCAGCUAGGGAGAUUUUCUUAUCUCUCAACGUUGGGAAGCGGCUGACCUGGUUGACUGGCAAAUUGUCUGGUCCUCCGUAAUUUAAAAAUUAAGUUCUCCUAAUUUUGUUAUAUUCAAGUAAGCAACCAUAUCCUAUCUCAAGUAGUCAUUUAUUGGUUUUUACAGAGCUGGAAGCUUCAUGUAUAGACCACAUUAUUUCUCCUUUUUAACAACUAGGAGUAAGAAUAUAUUUCAGAA